CUGCAGAGCCCAGCUUGGAAAACUGACGCCAUCUCUGUCGUCACCAAAACGACUUCAUCUUCUCAACGAAACUCCCACCUUACGAGUAUCCAAGAACCAAAACCAACCAAUCCUCUUCUAGUCUCCUUCUCUCUCUCUCUCUUCUCUCUCUUUCUCGGGACUUUCUCUCCCUAACAGUGUCUGAAACCGAAAAUUGAAGCUUCCGCUGUCUCGUCUCUCUCUUGUUUUCUGUUCUUAUCUUUCUUUUCGCCAUAUCUUCGGUCAAUUUAGGAAGUUUCUCGUUCUGAUUUGGGGUUUUGAGUUUUUUCUUCGUCAGAUAAAUCUUUUGGUCUUGUGGUCUUUCAAGUAUUUGAGAAGAUCUGAUUCAGAACUUGCGGAGAUUUUUGUUUAGAACUUAAGUUCAAUUAUGAAUUUCGUGGGAUUGAAUAGGUGGUGUUUCUGUUUCUUGUAAAAUACAGAAAUCAAAAGAUCGGGACCAGAAGUGCAUUCCAACCUGUCAGAGUUAAAGUUUUGAUAGAACUUGUCAUUUUGAUAGCAUUCCAACAGGGGGGAGUUGUAUUAUGUGUCUCAAUUUCGUGUUUAUUGAACUUGUUUUACGUGUUUCCAUGAAUCCCGGAUGAUAUUUUUCUGUGCAAUUCAGUUUUUCUGGUAGUUUCCUUUUUUCUGGGCUGUGAAUGAUAAGGGUGUGGAUGUGUGUAUAGGCAUAUAUUGAUAGAGUAUUUUGCACUUUGUCUUGAUGGCUUACUCAACUGAACCAUCGUCGUCUUUGAGCUUCACUUCAUCUUCCAAUUUAUCGAAUGGCACAUUUGGGCAAGCUAAAUCACCCUCCUCUGGCGAGUCAGGCCUUGAACAGGGUUGUAGCCUCGAUAUCAUUAGCUUAAACAAGCUCAGUUCUAAUUUGGAGCAGCUCGUGAUUGAUCCAAGUUGUGAUUAUAGCGAUGCGGAUAUCGUUGUUGAUGGAAUUGCAGUUGGUGUUAACCGAUGUAUUUUGGCUGCUAGAAGUAGGUUUUUCCAUGAGCUUUUUCAGCGAGAUAGGGGAUCUGCUGAGAAGGAUGGAAAGCCAAAAUAUUUGAUGAGUGAUUUGUUGCCUUUUGGCGAGGUUGGACGUGAGGCAUUUUGGGUUUUCUUGAGCUAUUUGUAUACGGCAAAAUUGAAGCCUUCUCCAAGGGAGGUGUCAACUUGUGUUGACGAGUCUUGCGUCCACGAUGCAUGCAGACCGGCUAUAAAUUUUGCGGUGGAAUUGAUGUACGCAUCGUACCUUUUUCAGACGCCAGAGCUGGUUUCACUUUUCCAGCGUCGUCUUCUUAACUUUGUUGAGAAGGCUUUUGUGGAAGAUGUCAUCCAAAUUCUUGUGGUUGCUUUCAAUUGUCAAUUGAGUCAGCUUGUCACUCAAUGUGUUUAUAGAGUAGCAAGAUCAGAUCUUGACAGCAUCUCUCUUGAGAAAGAGCUACCUCAUGAAAUUGCAGAGAAAAUUAGUUUGCUUCGUCUCCACUCUCAGCAUGAUGAUGAAAAUAAAAAGGAAGCUGUGGACCCCUUGCAUGAAAAGAGAAUUAGGAGAAUUCACAAAGCAUUAGACUGUGAUGAUGUUGAACUGGUUAAACUUCUCUUGACUGAGUCUGAUAUAACCUUAGACCAAGCCCAUGCUCUCCAUUAUGCUGUAGCCUACUGUGAUCCUAAGGUUGUGACCGAGUUGCUUGGUCUGGGUAGGGCAAAUGUCAACCUUCAAAAUAAACGAGGUUAUACAGUACUCCACAUAGCUGCAAGGCGAAAAGAGCCAUCAAUAAUAGUGUCGCUUCUGACCAAAGGAGCUAGUGCAUUAGAAUCAACACGGGAUGGUCAGAGUGCAGUUAGUAUUUGUCGGAGAUUGACAAGGCCAAAGGAUUAUAAUGCAAAAACAGAGCAGGGGCAGGAAGCAAACAAAGACCGGAUUUGCAUUGAUGUUCUAGAGAGAGAAAUGCGGAGGAAUCCAAUGGCUGGGGAUACAUCUAUUUCCCAAACAUUUGCAGAUGAUCUGCACAUGCAGUUGCUAUACCUGGAAAACCGAGUGGCAUUUGCACGAUUAUUCUUCCCUACGGAAGCUAAGCUAGCGGUAGACGUUGCACAUGCUGAGACAACAUCUGGGCUUGCCGGUCCUUCGACCUCAAAAGGUUCAAGUGGUAAUUUGAGGGAGGUUGAUUUGAAUGAGACUCCAACUAUGCGAAACAAGAGACUGCGAACUCAAAUGGAGGCGCUAAGGAAAACAGUGGAGAUGGGUCGACGCUAUUUUCCUCAUUGCUCAGACGUGCUGGACAAGUUCAUGGAGGAUGACCUCCCCGAUUUGUUUUAUCUUGAAAAGGGCACCCCAGAAGAGCAGAGAAUCAAGAGGAAGCGCUUCAUGGAGCUAAAACAGGAGGUUCAAAAGGCGUUUCACAAGGACAAGGCCGAGUCUGAGUCGAAUCGCUCUGGAUUGUCUUCUUCCUCACCAUUGUCUUCUCUAAAAGAUGGUGUAAAUUAUAAGGUUAGAGAAGAUGGUGUAAAUCAUAAGGUUAGGAGAUAGUAAGGAAAGUGUUAUUAAGCAUUUGGGGAGUGAAUGAAAUCUUCACUGACGGCUCUUUUAGCCCUCAUUUGUGCUGCAUUUGGUACCAUGCGAAAGUAGAUCUGUGAACUAUUUCUUAGAAGACAUUCACAGGUAAAUAGUACGUAAAUCUGUAUAGCAGAAGAUGGAUACCUAAACGGAAGUAAAUCAUUCAUUUCUCCCGAAACGGAUUAACAUAAGAUUUCAUCAUCUCGGAAGUCAUUUCAGAAAGCCGGCGAACCCUGGAUGUACCGAAAGAGAACAUAUGGCGAGAAUUGAUUUGCAUCUAGUAGUGUAAUCGGUCUGGUUCAGUUCGAUUUUGAAUGUAUUUUACAACCGAACUGGUAUAUACCGGCGUUAAGACUUGAAGAGCCGAUGUCGCAAUGGUUAUACCUUUAAACCGGUACUUUCAGUUUUAUCAGUAUAUAAUAAUAUAGU